GAUCAGCUUGCAACAGAAUCUAAUGGACAUUUUUAUAAUACUUGAUGACCUACUAGACGAAAAGACGGAAAUCUUAAAGCCAAAGAUUGAUGAAAUUAAGACGAUUUUGCUCGGCGAGUAUGACUAUAUUGAAAAGAAACAAGGAGAUCUUCAUACUGCUAUUGUCCAUGGAAAGAUUCACGAUGUUACUCAGAAGAUGUUAAACAUUUGUGAAGAUCUGAAAGACCUGAUUGGCAAACAAACUCAACAUAAGGAAGAUGAAAUUACAGAGCCUGAACUUCUUACCAUCAAGAAACUUGAUGAAGAAUCUAAACUUUCAAAGGCUAAGACUUUGAAAAACAAUCCAUCCAAGAACAGCAACUGGAUGAUAAGAUGCAGACGCGGGCUGAAGAGGAUGCAGAGACGGCCAAGAAAGCUAAACUCUCUGACGUUCUUUCUGAAAAGAUGUCUGAACUCGAAGAGAAACAACUGGAUGAGAAAGCUGAGGACUAUGCCAAAAAAAUGACCCAACAGGCAGAAGAUUCUGAGGUUGUUGCUGAAAAGAUACCCGAAGAAAAGGUUGAAGAAAGCAAGAAGGCCGAUGUCAAGGAUUCCGAGGCUAAGGCACAGAAAGCAAAGUCUUUGGAGAAGCAACAACUCGAGGAGAAACAACUGGAUGACAAGAAACAGAAGCAAACUGAGAAGGAUGCCGCAAAGAUGGCCCAGAAGGCAGAAGGAUCUGAGGUUGUUGCUGAAAAGAUAUCUGAAGAACAGGUAGAAGAAAGCAAGAAGGCCGAUGUCAAGGAUUCCGAGGCUAAGGCACAGAAAGCAAGGACUCUGGAGAUGCAACCACUCGAGGAGAAACAACUGGAAGAGAAGAAACAGAAGCAAUCUGAGAAGGAUGUCGAUUCUGCCCAGAAGGCAGAAGAAUCUGAGGUUAUUGCUGAAAAAAUAUCUGAAGAACAGGUGGAAGAAAGCAAGAAGGCCGAUGUCAAGGAUUCCGAGGUUAAGGCACAGAAGGCAAAGGCUCUGGAGAAGCAAGAACUCGAGGAGAAACAACUGGAUGAUAAGAAACAGAAGCAAACUGAGAUGGCCCAGAAGGCAGAAGAAUCUAAGGUUGCUGCUGAAAAAAUAUCUGAAGAACAGGUAGAAGAAAGCAAGAAGGCCGAUGUCAAGGAUUCCGAGGCUAAGGCUCAGAAAGCAAGGGCUCUGGAGAAGCAACCACUCGAGAAGAAACAACUGGAUGAGAAGAAACAGAAGCAAACUGAGACGGAUGUCGAAAAGAUGGUCCAGAAGGCAGAAGAAUCUGAGGUUAUUGCUGAAAAAAUAUCUGAAGAACAGGUAGAAGAAAGCAAGAAGGCCGAUGUCAAGGAUUCCGAGGUUAACGCACAGAAAGCAAAGUCUUUGGAGAAGGAAGAUCUCGAGGAUAAACAACUGGAUGAGAAGAAACAGAAGCAAACUGAGAAGGAUGCCGAAAAGAUGGCCCAGAAAGGAGAGGUAUCCGAAGCUCUGACUGAAAAGGUAUCUGACGAACCGAAAGAAGAAAUAAUCAAAACUAUUUUUACGGAUCCGGCAUCCAAGCCUCAAGGAGCAAAGGCUUUGGAAAAACAGUCUGUCUCAGUAAAAAAAACUGAAUGAGAACAAGCAAAAGCAGGAUGAGAAGGACGUAGAAAAAGCCAAGAAAGCAGACGUUUCUGAAGAACCCCAAGAACAAUCGGUUUUGGAGAGGCAAUUUAACGAGGAACAAGAAGUGGUUGAAAAAAGGCUAAAGCAGGUUGAGACAGAAGCUGAUAAGAAGGCCCAAAAUGUAGAUACUUUGAAGCAAAAGUUAUUGAUUAUAUCCCAGGCGGUUGCUCUCGGCAUACAUAACUCGUUAUGUAUUCCAAUCAUUUGUAACAGAAAGCCAAGAUAUUAUCGAAAAUCUCAGUGAUGUUGACAAGGUAGCCAAGUCCAUUUUAAAAUUACGAGAACAUAUCGUUCACACCUAUGACAGAAAGCCAGAAAAUGAACAAUAUGAUAAGCAACUCGCGGAAGAGUUUAUCGAAGACCUUCUUGCGGCCUGCCCAGACGCAGCUGAGCAACUAAUUCACAACUAUCUUAAGGAAAUUAAGACAAAUGUAAUUUUAACUAAAGCUUCCAUUCAGCUUAUCGACGAGAGCAACAUGUUAACCA